GGUGCGACGGCGGCGAUGCGAAGCCACUGCAAUGGAAGAUGACAAUGCAGUCCCGCCAGCCACCGCCCCCGCUACCACCAGCGGCGAGGGUGUCAGAUGUAAAGCCACCAAGACCAAUUGCACCCAAUCCCUGCCAAAUCGUGGAAAUGGAAUCAAGGAAGAGAGGGACACCGCCGCAUCAGAAGAGUUCUCCUCCGACGGAACCUCCGUCUACGGAACACCACUCGGUACGGAAAACGACCAUGAAUUUCCAAUGGAUCCUCACGAUUCACCGAAAUUAGCACUUGAAACAGACGGAGACGAGGAAGAAGGCGAACGUCCCCAUGCGAAGAAGCAGAAGCAGCUCGCGGAAUUGGCGGCGCAAACUGGACACAACGAACCUGAAGUAAACGAAUUGACCUCCCCUGCCGAGAAAUCCACAGCUCCGUCGCGUAACGGGAAGCCGCCGCCGGUGAAAUCUGCGAAGAAAACAAAGAAGAAGAGCAAGGACGUCUGGACGACGUCAUCAAGGAAGGGGAAGAAAAAGACGAAGCACGCUUCAGCCUCCAACACUACGGCCGACGCCGUUGCAGAAGACAAAGUGUUCAUUACUCCAAUCCCCAGGUUUCCGGACAAGAACGACGACAGUCCGGACUUGAAAAUCUGUCUCUCGAAGGCGUACAAGGCGGAGAAGGUCGAACUGAGCGACGACAGAUUAAGCGCCGGCAGUACGAAGGGUUACAGAAUGGUGAGAGCUACACGGGGAGUCACUGAAGGAGCUUGGUACUUCGAGAUCAAAUUGGUUCAUUUGGGGGAGACGGGGCACACGAGGUUGGGAUGGUCGACCGAUAAGGGAGACUUACAGGCGCCGGUAGGAUACGAUGGAAACAGCUUCGGAUACAGGGAUAUAGAUGGGAGUAAAGUGCACAAGGCAUUGAGGGAGAACUAUGGGGAGGAAGGGUUCAAUGAAGGUGAUGUUCUAGGGUUCUACAUUAGCUUGCCUGAUGGAGGGGCUUAUGCUCCCAAGCCGCCGAGGUUGGUUUGGUACAAAGGGCAGCGAUAUGUUUGUGCUCCUGAUGCUAAGGAAGAUCCCCCAAAAGUUGUACCUGGAAGCGAGAUAUCCUUUUUCAAGAAUGGAAUAUGUCAGGGGGUUGCUUUUAAAGAUCUUUAUAGCGGCCGUUAUUACCCUGCUGCUUCAAUGUACACUCUUCCAAAUCAACCAAAUUGUGUUGUUAAGUUCAAUUUCGGUCCUGAUUUUGAUGCAUAUCCCGAUGACUUUGGUGGGCGGCCCAUCCCAAGCCCUAUGGUUGAAGUUCCAUAUCAAGGUUACGAUGGCAGAGUUGAGAAUGGUAACCCAUGGAACAUCGCCCGCAUGUGCCCUAUGUUCAAAGUGGUGAACAAGGAUGUUAGUAAAAUUAUGAAUGCGGCCGAAAUGGUUGACUAAGCUUGAGAAAAGCUCCCAGUUCAAUCUAUUACGGUAUCGAAGAGUCGAGGCCUUCUUGAGAAGAUAAUGAAUGGUACCUCUUCGAAGACGAAAAGGAUGUCCUCAUCUUAAACGAAGGUCGUUUCUUGAACUGAUCCAAUACUCUCUCGGCGUAAA